AUGAUAAAAACCAGCCCAGGUCUUUGUUCUCUCAUCUGCUUCUCUUGCCUCCUUCUCCUUGGGAGUCAGGUGAUGUCCCUCAUGCCCCAAGAUCUGUCCUACAUAGAGAAAUGCCAGCAGUGCCAGCCCUGCAACCCUUGCUGCCAGCCCUGCGGCCCCUGCCCGCUGGCCAACAGCUGCAAUGAGUGCUGUGUCAGGCAGUGCCAGAGCUCCACCGUCGUCAUUGAGCCGCCUGCUGUGCUGGUGACCCUGCCCGGCCCCAUCCUCAGCUCCUUCCCACAGAACACCGUGGUGGGAUCCUCCACCUCUGCUGCUGCUGGCAGCAUCCUCAGCAGUGGUGGAGUGCCCAUCAGCUCCGGGGGCUUUGACAUCUCCUGCAUCACCAACUGCUAUGGUGGCAGAAGGUGUCGUCCAUGCUAA